AUGGCUCCUCGCCACUACCCCGUCCCAUCUGCCGCCCCCCACCACGUGCCCCAGCAGCAUGUUCCUCCCCACCCAUACCCUCCUCCCGUGUCCUCCGAGCACUGGGCCCCGCCUCCGCCCCCGCCGCAGCAUCAAUACCCGCAGUAUGCCCGCCCCGCGCCUCCUGCCCCGGCACCUGUCGGCCCGCGCAGUGACAUUGCUCCCUCCCAGGGUGACGCAGAAAAGGCUAGCAUAAGGCAAUCUACGCUAGCAGAGAUCUAUAACCACUGCCGGAUCUUGCACCAAUUUGCGCAUUACUACGCGCAGUUGCAGACCACACAGCCCCAUGUGCAGCCAUCGCCUAAUGAGCUGCAGGAGAUGAGCUGGCGUGCUGGCACGGUCGUUCGUCUGCUCGAGGACCUCCGCCGGAUCUCAUCCUCUGAAGACGCCGCUCCAAGAGACGCUGGUCAUGCCCCUGUUGCCUCCAACGCGUCUGAGGAACAUUCUCGCCCUCCUAAACGCCCCUGGGAAGACAUGUCUCGCGAAGAAGAAGGAAACGCGGCUCCCAGUGCACCCUAUCCGGAUCAACAGCCCCAAGUUUCAUAUAAUGGCGUGGACGACAAGUCGACGGCCGAGGCUGACAUGGAAAUUAUCCGGAGCAAGCGAGCGACGAGCACCGGUGGUGCAACCCCGGGCCAGCCCAAGAGCAAAUACCGCAAGCGAAGCCGCGCCACACCCCCGGGAAAGUGCCACUCGUGCAACAUCCGCGAAACACCAGAAUGGCGGCGUGGCCCCGAUGGUGCUCGGACGUUGUGUAACGCGUGUGGCCUGCACUAUGCCAAGUUGAUGAGGAAGCGAGACAAGGGUGCUGACGGGAAGCCAGCGCCCAUUGACCUGCAGACACUGCGAGCGUCGACGCAGUCUGCGCGCGGGGCAGAACAGGACAUGCAGAAUCAGCAUCCUCCGCAUCCGCAGCCACAGGUGCACCACCAGGCCACGGCGGUCGCGUCCAUUCCGUACGAACAGCAAAAGCAGCCUGCGCCUCCCCCUCAGCCCAUGCACGCAUCACACCAUUCGAAUGGACACGCACCGCAUGGGCACCCUGGGCCGUACCAGUUGAUGCCAGUGGGCUCGAGCCACGCACAGGCAGCACCACAACAGCCGCCGCAUCACCAGAUGAUGGGGCCUCCACCCCCUCCGGCUUCAGGAGGUCAUAGCGAGAGCCAGACGGUGGUGAGUGUACCCCCACCGCCCUGGAUGACCUCUGGAUCGUCGUCGUCGAACCGGUCAGGGUAUGCGUCGGAGCACCAAUCGUAUAUGCGCACGUCGCACCCUCCGUCGCAUGCGCGCGCGUCUCCGCAGUGA